AAUCGAAAUCCAUAACUAUUGAUACCGGAGUAAUAAGUCCAAUACCAUACAACGACCAACCAAUUGCCACUAUUCAACCUCAUUUACCUCCAACUCCUAAUGACACGAUUCAUGAUAUAAAUUUGCCACCCCAUUCAACAGCAAUAAUUGGAACAAUUCUUGCAGUUAUAGUUGCAGCACUUGUAGUACUUUUUAUAGUAAAAAAAACUACAUUUAGUAAAAUGAAAGUUGAUGUCCUUAAGAAAAAUCAAUUGAAUAUACCAAAUAAUAAUGAAUUUAAAGAAUGA